AUGGUCGUUAAGAAUUUAGCAGCACCUAUACGGCCGGUAUCGAACAGCAAUACAUCGGUGGAAACAUUCACCACUCUACAUAAGGAGAGCUGUCACAGAUUAGAGUAUUUGGUGGAACGGCAGCAACAACUGUGUAUGCUCUCCGACAAAAUGGUUCAGGUGCUGCAAACAGGAGCAACGCAAGCUGUUGAAGAGUGCCAGCACCAGUUUAGACACAGCAGAUGGAACUGCAGUACGGUUGAAAAUUCCACUGACAUUUUCGGGGGUGUACUUAAAUUCAAAUCGCGCGAAGCUGCGUUCGUGCAUGCGCUAUCUUCAGCUGCGCUGGCGCAUGCGGUGGCGAGGGCGUGCAGUCGAGGCGAGUUGAACGAGUGUUCCUGCGACUCUCGUGUGAGGAAGCGAACGCCAAGACAUUGGCAGUGGGGUGGAUGUUCAGAGGAUAUAAGAUACGGUGAAAUCUUCAGUCGAGAUUUCAUCGAUGCUAGAGAAGAGAAAGAGACGGACGAAGGUCUGAUGAAUUUGCAUAACAACGAGGCUGGACGUCGGGCUGUUCGUGGACGUAUGCAGCGUGUCUGCAAGUGUCACGGAAUGUCUGGGUCUUGUUCUGUCCGGGUUUGCUGGAGGAGGUUGCCUCAGCUUAGACUGGUCGGAGAUGCACUGUCUACAAGAUACGAAGGAGCAUCUCACGUUAAGAUCGUGGAAAGAAAGCGUGGUAAGAACAUAAGAAAGUUGCGACCAAUACACGCCGAUAUGAAGAAACCGAAUAAGACUGAUCUUGUCUACUUGGAAGACUCUCCAGAUUAUUGUGAACCAAAUGAAGAGCUGGGUAUUUUAGGCACACGCGGCCGUACGUGUAAUCGUACCUCUGCAGGGUUAGAUGGCUGUCGCUUACUGUGCUGUGGGCGUGGCUACCAAACUCGAGUUCGGGAUCACGAGGAGAAAUGCAAAUGUCGCUUCGUGUGGUGCUGUCGAGUUCAUUGUGAGAUUUGUCGUUCGAAACGUGACCACCAUGUUUGUAACUAG